UACUGUAAAAUUUGUCAACCUGCGCAGUGUCAAUUCAGUUAAAAUUGUUAUCAGUUCAGAAAGAAAAUAAAUAUUUCACUGAUGUCACUUCAAAAACAGCUGAAGUCGAAGAAAUAUACAAUCCUGCUGCUCUUUUGCUUUAUCGGAUUUUUGCCAUUUAUACGGUUUAUAAAUAUUCGUUCUGCGAAUAUGGGUCACUGCAUUUUUUGUGAGAUUUCAGCCGGGAAACAACCAAACACUGUGAUUGAAUUGGAGAAUGACGAAUUUGUUGUAUUCAAAGACAUCAAACCGUCUUCAAAAUAUCAUUUCUUAGCUGUUCCUAAACGCCACAUUGAGAGUCUAAAAACUUUAGCGAAAGAGGAUGAGGGGUUGUUGGAUCGCAUGGAACAAGGAUUAACGUCGUUAUUUGAAAAAAUGAAUAUCAGUACGACAGAUGCAUUGUUCGGAUUUCACCUGCCCCCUUUCGUUACCGUAAAACACCUGCAUAUGCAUGGAAUAGCGCCUCGUUCGACGAUGUCCUUUUUACAUAGGAUGAUGUUCAAGCCAGGAUCAGCGUGGUUCAAAACGGUUGAAGAAGCACGUUGUUAUCUGCAAGAAAAAGCAUAAGGGUUGCUGCUGUUUUUGCAACAGCAUAAUCGAUUUCCAGAAAUAAAAAUGAGUCGUGGGAGCGGGCAUAAUAUAUUAUCCGGGUUGCUUAUAUUUAACUGUAACGAUAAUUACUGUAGCAUAUAUCUUGUCAUUGUUUAUAUCUUAUGUACACCUGUGUUCAAGUAAUUAGCAAUUAAUUUCAAAAUGAUAAAAAUAAAAAUUUAAAAACAUCAACGGUAAUUUUUAACGAUUUGAGCCUUGCACUUUCUUAGACUACAAUUGAAUGGGCUACAGAACUGCAUACCCGAAAAUAUUCUAAAUACUCUGAUUAAAAAUUUGGAAAUUUGUAUGACAAACUUUUGAAGUUUAAUUGAGUUUUUUUGCAAUUUCUGCAAGUUUUGAAACUUUUAUUAUUGCGGUUUCUGUUACGGAUUGAAUUAUAUUU